CACCGACCACACCGUGGCUUCUCUCCGUCGUCGGAUGAUUUUCUUCGAGGAAUCGGCUGCGAUUCACCGUUGACCGUCGAUAGUGCUCGGUUGUUUUUCGAGAUAGUCUAUUAUCUGUAAAGUCAAAGUUGCUUUUGUGUCGUAGAUUCUCCACGCAAAUUGAUUGCACGCGGAUCUAAGCGCUCGUCGAGCGUUUUAGUGCGUCGUCACGACUAUUUUUCGGACCCAUCAAGAGAGUUAUUGGCAAAAACAUGAAGGAGAUACUAAUCGCGCUCUGCGCGAUUUUAGCUGUCUCCACAGCUAUGGUGGUCAUAAAUGCUGAACCAAAAGAGAAGGUGGAUCAUCUUUUAGGUGCGGAUGAAUGUACAUGGGGUCCAAGUUACUGGUGUCAGAAUCUAAAGGUUGCCAAAGGAUGCAGUGCUGUCAACCACUGUAUUCAUAAGUGGGAAAAAAUGGAAGUUCCAGAGGAUGAUGAUGAUGUGUGUGGAAUUUGUAAAGAUAUGGUUAAACAAGCAAGAGAUCAGUUAGAAAGUAAUCAAACUCAACAAGAUCUGAAAGAUGUGUUUGAAGGCAGUUGCAAAUUAAUUCACAUUGAGCCAAUUGUCAAGGAAUGCAUCACUAUUGUUGAUGAAUUCAUUCCCGAACUUGUGGAAACAUUGGCAUCUCAAAUGAAUCCAUCUAUGGUCUGUUCAGUUGCAGGACUUUGUAACAGUGCUCAUAUUGAUAAAUUGCUUGCUGAAUAUCAAGAAUCACCAGAAAAGAAGGAUGAAACAAAGUCAGUUGUAUUGAAGAAUGAUGAGAUUGAACCUGACGAAUGUACUAAGUGUUAUACAAUAGGAAAGUACAUGGAAAACAAAUUACAUAAUACGCCACAAGAAACAAUGCUCACUCAAUUUUUACGUGUUUGCGGUCAACUUAGUUCUUUCUCGGAUUCCUGUGCAGCUAUUGUUAUAACUCAUUUUCACGAAAUUUAUGAUCAUCUGCACAACAAUUUUAAUGCAGAGAAUUUAUGCCAUUUAUCCGGACAGUGCAGCAGCAAAUUCCACAAACAUGAAGACGAUGAUGUGGUCCCGAAGGUAGAAAUAACUCCGUUGUCGAGUGUGGGCAUGGUAGAGGUUGGCGAUGAUCUUCCUUGCAAGUUAUGCGAACAGCUUGUAGGUCAUUUAAGAGAUCUUCUAGUUGCAAACACGACGGAACUUGAAUUUAAACAGGUUCUUCUGGGUCUGUGUAAACAGACUAAGUCUUUUGCUGACGAGUGUUCAGAAAUAGUCAAGGAAUAUUACCCAGAAAUUUAUGAAUAUCUUACUCGAGGAUUGAACACCAAUCUUGUUUGUCAGUUAUCUGGAAUUUGUCCUUCACCUGGCAAAAUGGGACCAAUCUGGCCUUUACUUCCGGAGGAAUCGGCGAAAAUAGGAUUGAGCAUAUUAAAUAGUAAACAGAAAAAAGAUGUAGUUGCUAUCGGCAAGAAAUCGGAAGCUGAAGAAAUGCAAUUGCCGAUUGAGAGAAUGAUGCCUUCUUUGCUUUUAUCUCCAGAUUAUGGAAGCAUUGAAAACAAGCAAACAUGUGCAUUGUGCGAAUAUAUAUUACACUAUAUACAAGACACCAUUUCAAGUCCCACAACUGAGGAUGAAAUAAAAAAAACUCUUGAGAAAAUCUGUAAGAAGGUACCCUCUAUUAAAGGUAAAUGUGAAGAAUUUAUAGAGACUUACGGAGAUGCAGUUAUGGCCAUACUUAUACAAGAAAUUGAUCCGUCAGAGGUGUGCCCUAUGAUACACGUUUGCCCAUCGAAGGAAUUGUUGAACAUGUUCGAACAAAUUCCCAAGAAAUUUAAACUUGAAUCCGUUGCGGAAGAACAUGUUGAAGAUAAGCCAAAUUGUCCGCUCUGUCUGCUUGCGGUAACGCAGAUUUACAACGCCAUUAAAGCGAACAAAACUGAGGCAAAUAUUGAGGCCGAGUUGGGCAAAUUAUGCGAUCAUUUACCACACAGUUUGACCAAACAGUGCACAGAUUUUGUGAAGGCAUACAGCAAAGAGCUUAUAGAAAUGCUGCUUGCAGAUCUGACUCCUCAAGAAGUGUGCACUUAUCUUAAGUUGUGCGAUGACACCAAGAAUCCUGGUCCGAAGCGUAUUUCUCAGAGAGAACAAGAAAUACUAACCAAUGAAAUAUCUCAGUAUCCAUUGUACGUGGCUGAUCCGAAAGAUGUUUUGGAUGAUGGAAUUUGCAUAAUGUGUGAAUUUGCAAUGCAAUAUCUUGAUAAAGAGAUUGGUGAUAAAAAGUCGCGAGAUAAAAUUGAAAGAGAGAUUCACAGUAUGUGCGACCAUCUACCAAAAACAGUUUCUAAAGAGUGUAACAGCUUCGUAGACAAGUAUGCUGAUGCCGUACUGAGCAUUCUUACGAACAAUGUUAGUCCUAAAGAAGUUUGCACUAUGCUUAGUCUCUGUAAAGUCAGUAUAAAGCAAAUUCGAGAAUCUGUAACAGAAUGUGCCUUAUGUCGAGCAAUUAUAACUCAAGUUGACAAAUUGUUAUAUAAUUCAAAAACCGAUGCUGAAAUCGAGGAAGUGGUUAAGAAGGUGUGCAAAUAUCUGCCAUCGGAAAAACAACCUGAGUGCAAUAAAAUGAUUGAUAUUUAUGGACAAAGUAUAAUAAACAUGCUGAGAGCCCAUAUGGACAGUGAGAAAAUGUGCGAGAAGAUGGCUUUAUGUUCUUCCAAUGAUUAUUUUGCAAUGUCAUUCAAGAGUUCGCGUCAAUUUCGAUCGAUCAACGAACUCAAAAAGUGCACAUGGGGCCAAUCGUUUGUGUGCGAAAAUGAAGAACUUGCUAGACUCUGUAAUGUUACAAAGCAAUGCGAAGAGUAUCGCAAAAAUGGCGAAGUUGUGUAAAUUGUAUUAAUUCCGAGUGACGGCUGCAAAUUCGACAUCUAAGCAGCAGGGAAAACAAAAAGGAACUAAAAAAAAAAAAAGCUACGAUGCUUUUCGGUUAAAAGGCUAGAAGAUUCUAAGAGCCUGAGCACAAUAGAGAAAAUAUUAGAAAUAAAAAUUGGAAAUAAAAGUUAAAUGUACUGUACAAUGACAAAAAAUAAAAUAUAACAAAUACAGAAAUUGUCAUGGCUGCAUGAUAUACAGCCUAUAUUUAUAUAUAUGUUAUAUUUUGUUUUUUCGCAUUGUGCAUUACAUUUAAACUCUGUUUUUAAUUACUAUUCCUAAUAUUUUCUCUAUUGUGCUCAGGCCCUAAUUGUAGCAAAUAAUCUAUUUCAUGUUACGUAUGAUAUUAUAUCAAUCCUUAUACUAAUCUCUAUAUCGAAACACUCGAAUAACAUUGAUGAUCUGUGUAGAUGCGACAAUCGCCAUGCGAUUUUUAAACCACAAAUGUUGCAUAUAGUUUGCGAUACUUAAGCUACGUUGACAUUUUCAAAAAGUUUUUAGCUUUCUAUAACUUGCAAGAACUCUUUUUUGUCUGACUAUGUAAAAAAAACUUUGUAAUCUGACUAGUGGCAAUAUCAAAUCCUAGUGAAUUUUAUAUUUAUUUUUUGGGUGAAUUCUUUUUCUUGGAGCUCCACAAAUUGUUUAGUUUGCAUUCAACUGUGAUAAUGAUAAAAAAUCGUUGCUUUGUGAAUUGCAUGCUCCUUAAGUGUGAUUUAUUAAGAUGUACCAUUUGUAUUUCUUUAAUAAAGAUGUUCUUGAGAUAUU